UUAGGGUGCAAUUCCUCAAAUUUUAGUUCAUUUUUCUGGUUUUCUUUGAGUUUGUGAGCUGUUUUCUGACGAUUAUCCCGCUUUGAUGACGACUCGGUGAUUCUGUUUGCGCGGUAAUCGGACUCGUUCAGUCAUGGCUGAGGCUGCUAAUCUUGAGAUCUUGGAAUGGCCGAAGAAGGACAACCGCCGGUUCCUUCAAGUCGUGUAUCGCGUCGGCGAUCUCGAUCGCACCAUCAAGUUUUACACUGAGUGUUUCGGGAUGAAGCUUUUGAGGAAAAGAGAUAUUCCGGAGGAGAAGUACUCCAACGCAUUCCUUGGAUUUGGACCGGAGGAAACUAGUUUCGUCGUGAAGUUAACAACCAAUGAUGGAGUAACUUCGUAUGAUAUUGGAACUGGGUUUGGGCAUUUUGCAAUUGCUACCCCAGAUGUAUACAAACUGGUUGAAGAAAUCCGUGCCAAGGGUGGCAAUAUCACUAGGGAGCCUGGUCCUGUCAAAGGUGGAUCAACUGUCAUUGCCUUUGUGAAGGAUCCUGAUGGUUACAUUUUUGAGCUCAUCCAAAGAGAAAAUACUCCUAAGCCACUUUGCCAAGUAAUGCUUCGUGUUGGUGAUCUGGAGCGUUCUAUCAAGUUUUAUGAGAAGGCCUUGGGGAUGAGGGUAGUGAAGAAGGUGGAUAGACCUGAACACAAGUACUCCAUAGCCAUGUUAGGGUAUGCAGAGGAAGAAAAGACAACUGUGCUUGAGUUGACUUAUAACUAUGGCGUGACCGAGUACACCAAAGGAAAUGCAUAUGACCGGGUCGCUAUUACCACUGAUGAUGUGUAUAAGAGUGCUGAGGCAAAAUGUCCAGCUAUGAAAUAAAUUGGCCUCUAGUCCUUCGGUUUAGCAAUAUGCCUGUUUAAAUAUAUAAGUUCGUCAGUG